AUGCAGGCAAAGCAGCACAAGUCGCCAGAGUACCUGAAGCUGCACCCUUUUGGCCAAGUGCCGGUGCUGGACGACGACGGUUUCACCGUUUUUGAGUCGGGCGCCAUCCUGCUGUAUCUGGCGGCAAAGUACGCAAAGCUCGACACCGCAGCAACUGGCAAGGCGGCGCAGUGGACGGUGUUUGCCAACUCCACAUUGACUGACGUCUUCUUUGGCAUAGAGAAGAACAAGAGAGACUCGGUCAUGAACGCCCUGGAUGGCAUCCUGGCCAAGCAGCCUUACCUCGAGGGUGACGAGUUUACGCUGGGUGACGUGGCGGUCGGCUCCUACCUGCUGUACCUCACCGUCUUCUUCCCGGACAUGUUCCCCAUCAAGCAGCAGAAUGUGUGGGCCUACAUGCAGUGGUGCGGCCCUGCCAAGGCGGACCUGCUGCGGCUGUUCCCCUUCCCGGGGCGCAGGCGGAAGGGCCCCCCCAAGGGCGGCCAGAAGACGGUGCUGAUCAUGAUGAGCAACACGGGUGGCGGCCACAAGGCCAGCGCGGAGGCGCUGCAGCAGGCAUUCCGGGAGGAAUACGGGGACCAGUACAAGAUCAUCAUUGUGGACAUGUGGAAGGAGCACACCCCCGCCCCCUUCAACACCCUAUGCGACUCCUACUCCUUCCUCGUCCGCCACUCCAUCCUGUGGCGCCUCACCUACAACAUGAUGCAGCCGCGCCCGCUGCACCGCUCGUACUUCGCCGCCGUCAACGCCGCCGUGUCGCGCCAGCUCAGCGCCGCCUUUGACGCGUACGACCCUGACCUCGUCGUCUCGGUGCACCCGCUCAUGCAGCACAUCCCGGUCCGCGUGCUCGCGUCCCGCGCGCGCGCGCGCGGCGAGGCGCCGCCGCCGUUUGCGACGGUCGUGACGGACUUCACGACCUGCCACAACACGUGGUUCUACCCGGCCGUCACGCGCUGCUUCGUGCCGACAGCGUUCUGCAGGAGCCUGGCGCUGGAGAACGGCGUGCCCGCGGACAAGAUCACGGUGCACGGCCUGCCCAUCCGGCCGAUCUUCAGCAAGCGGCUGCCCGCCAAGGCGACGCUGCGGCGCAAGUUGGGCCUGGUGAAUGACGCCCCGGCCAUCCUGCUGGUGGGGGGCGGCGAGGGCAUGGGCAAGCUGGAGGCCACCGUUCGGGAGCUGGACGCACGGCUGCAGGGGAGCGCGCAGGUGGCGGUGAUCUGCGGCCGCAACAAAAAGCUGCUCAACACCCUGCGGUCCACGGUCUGGCCGGGCGGCAGCCACGUGGUGGCGGUGGGCUUUGUGGACAACGUGCACGAGUGGAUGGCGGCGGUGGACACCAUCAUCACGAAGGCGGGGCCGGGCACGAUCGCGGAGGCGCUCAUCAGCGGGCUGCCCAUCCUGCUCAACGGCAACGUGCCCUGCCAGGAGGAGGGCAACAUCCCCUACGUGGUGGAGAACGGCGUUGGCGCCUUUGAGACCGACCCCGUCCGCAUCGCCGACAUCAUGGCCACCUGGCUCGGACCCUCCCCCGAGGCCCGCGCCGAGUUCGCUGCCAUGGCAAAGCGCUCCAAGGCGCUGGGGCGGCCACGUGCGGUGUACAACAUCGCGCGCGACCUGGCAGGCCUGGUGGAGUCCGCCAAGGAGCUCGCCGUGGAGGUGGCAGCAGCCGCGGCCGCGCCCGCGCGGCGCGCGUGCUGCAGCGGGGGCGCGGCAAAGCAGCAGCCACUGGUCGCGCCAGCGUGA